GAAAAGCAUCACCCAAAGCCAAAGGUAAGCACACUGGUGUACCCCCAUUUAGAACUCAUACCUCUCACACACACAAACACAAACACACACAAUGGCGUCUGCCAUGCCACCGCCUUCUCGCUCAGAAAUUCUUUAUCUCUUCCGCUCUCUUCUCCGCACAGCCCGUCAAUUCCCAGACUACAACAUCAGAGAGUACACAAAGCGUCGGACCAUCGACGCCUUUCGCCACAACAAAGACCUCUCCGACCCUUCUUCGAUCUCCGCCGCCUUCUCCGAUGGAAAGUCUCAACUCGAGAUUGCCAGAAGACAGUCCAUCGUAUACUCACUCUACGCUCCCAAAGUGAAGAGCAUCAUGGAGAUCAAGCAAUAAUAACGAAGACGGUGAGCCAAUUUUAAAUAAUUUUUUAUUGGCUAGCCAUUAUAGCUGCUGUUAAUUUUACGGCUUUUGGUUGAUUUAAUUGACUGGGUUUUGUAGGAGAUUUUAUACAUUUGAGGUUUUGUUACAUGGAAAUUUGUGUAUUUAUACCUUUCGGAUAUUGAUAUAUUUGAAGAAAUUAGGGUUUUUUAA